CCCGGCUUAUACCACGUUGCCAUUUCUCUUUUGACACAAGCCACACUUCGAAACCGGACAGCCUCAUCAUGAGAUAAAAUCGUCAAUUGAUUUGGUGUAUACGCACACAAAUGGGAUACAACCAUCUCAGCAUGAUUCCGACCCCCCCUCACAAACACCAACACCAACAACAAAAAGCUGCAUCUCGCAGCCACCCUCCUCCACAAUGAGACACCACCACCUCCUUCCCUCCCUCCUCCUCCUCCUCACCACAACAACCACCCACAUCCCCCCCGCCCUCGCAUACACCCCCCUCUCCGACACCUCCCUCCUGCACCUCCUCCCCCCAUCAUCAUCAAACCCACCACCACCACCCCUAAACCCCAACCCCGACCAAAAACCCAACCCAACAAACCCAACAAACCCCAAAACCCCCAAAGACUUCGACCCGGACUUCGACCCGGACUUCGACCCCCACCACGGCGCCCUCCUCGCGCCCAUCCUGCAGCCCCGCGUGCCCGGCACGCCGGGCCACGCCCGCGUGCAGGAGCACUUCCUCGCCUUUGUGCGCGCCCACCUGCACCCGGACUGGACGGUCGCGUGGCACAACACGACGGCGACGACGCCCGCGACGGGCGAGAGGCUGGUGCCGUUUCAGAAUUUGGUGCUGAGGCGCGAUCCGCCUUGGGUGCGCUCUUCUUCUGAUGGGGAUGGGGAGGGUCGGGGUGAGGGUGGGGAUGGGGAUGGGGGUGGGGGUGGUGAGAAUGGGGGUGGGGGUUGGGGUGAUGAUGGGGGGGAGGUGGCGCGGCUGACGCUCGCGGCGCAUUAUGAUAGUUUGUACCGGCCGGAGGGGUUUGUGGGCGCGGUGGAUAGUGCGGUGCCCUGCGCGCUGCUGUUGGCGGUGGCGAGGGGGGUGGAUGGGGCGUUGACGCGGCGAUGGGAGGGCAUGGUGGAGGAGGGGUUGGCCGGGUUGGAGGAGGAGAGCGGGGUGCAGAUUUUGUUGUUGGAUGGCGAGGAGGCGUGGGUGCAGUGGAAUGCGGCGGAUAGUUUGUACGGGUCGAGGGCGCUCGCUGAGGAGUGGGAGGCGACGCGGUACGAAGCCGGGAGUCGCUUCUCGACGCCGCUGGAGGCGAUCAGCCUGUUUGUGUUGUUGGAUUUGUUGGGCGCGGCGGCGCCCAACAUCCCGUCCUACUUUCCCGGGACGCACUGGGCGUAUCGAAACUUGGCCAAGAUCGAGGGGAGACUGCGGAAACUGGGGGUGCUCGAGACGAAACCGAAGAAGUCGUUCCUGGCGGAGAGCGAGAAGGAAGGGGUGAAGUUCCGUGGCUUUGUGGAGGACGACCACGUGCCUUUUAUGAGAAGGGGCGUCGACAUCUUGCAUGUCAUUCCCACCCCGUUCCCGCCCGUGUGGCAUACCAUGGAUGAUGACGCGGCGCAUCUGGAUGUACCGACCAUCAGGGACUGGGCAAAGAUCAUGACGGCUUUUGUGGCUGAGUGGAUGGAUGUGGAGGGAUACGUGCCAGAGGUAGCGGCAGGGUCAGGGGAAGAGAGAGCUGAAGAAGUAGAGUCCGAGAAGGAAGAGCUGUAGUUUUAUGUUGGAGCAUAAGCGUCGAGGAGGAUGUAUGUAUUAUAUAGAAACGUUGUAUAUGGUCUGCCUCUGUUGCCUUGAGCGACGCAUCUUACAGUUAUGAAUCUUUAAACCAACUAUCAUGUAAAC